AUGUCCAUUUCUCUCCCAGAAACCUUCGCAAAGCUCCCCCGACACCCCCUUUUAUACCCCUAUCCCUCCCCCAUCCAUCCUCUCCCAGCACUAACAAGACAUCUUAACCACAACCCCAAAUCCACCCGCGCCGUCUCCCUCUUCGCCAAGCGCGAGGAUCACUCCUCCCCUCUCGCCUGCGCAGGCAACAAGUACCGCAAACUCGAGUACAUCGUCCCCGAUAUUCUUGCCAAUUCAAGUCCCAAUGGGUCCGGAGUGGCAACUACCACUACCCUGGUAACCGAGGGUGCUAUUCAGAGUAAUCAUACGGUGCAGGUCGCCUCGGUAGCGAGACAGCUCGGACUCGAGGCAAUUGUUAUUCUGCACAAGGCCACAGGAGGCGGCCUAACAGCCAGUUCAGAUAAGACUGCAUUUCUACGAACGGGUAAUGUGCAAAUUACCCGGCUUCUAGGCGCGGAGGUGAGAACGCUCGAGGACAGUUCAACUGUAGAUGAGGGCGAUCCGAUCACGCCGAUUCUGGACGAAUUGCGUGCUCGGGGCAAGGUUCCCUAUUGGAUACCUUCGGGGGCUAGUUUACACCCUUUAGGUGGGCUUGGCUAUGCACGCUGUGCGUUUGAAAUUGCGGCACAGGAGAAGGAGCAAUUGGGGGAGGAUGGGCGGUUCGAUUAUGUAUUUGUUGCAUGCGGGAGUGGGAGUACAGUAGGAGGCUUGAUUGCCGGGUUCAAGUUACUGCAAAAGAUGGAGACACAAGGCAAUAAAACAGAGAAGGUCAUCGGCCGCAAAGUUAUUGGGAUCUUAAAUUCCCGUAUCAAACCACGAGAAUACCAUGAAGGUCGAGUGCUCAACUUUACCCGGCGUGCGGCCCACCUCAUCGGAUUGGAUCCUGAACGGGAUGUCACACCGGGCGAUGUCCAUUUAGACGAUCGGUUCGCUGGUACAGCCUAUGGAGUACUGGACUCGGAUGUCAAGCAAACAUUGGAAUUUAUGGCGCAACAAGAAGGAGUCAUCCUCGACCCCGUAUAUACCGUCAAAGUUAUGAGAGGCGCUAUGCACUGGAUACAGGAAGGUGAACUCGAGAGAGAUUGGUCGCACCACUCUGAUCCCUCCUCUAACCAAAGUCGAGUAAAUGCACUUUUUAUCCACAGCGGUGGGCAGUCGGCCUUAAGUGCGUAUGCAGAUAUUGAGUGA